AUGGGUGUUAGUCAUGCAACUAUGCAGGGCUCGCACUUGGAGAGGUUUUCCACAAGCGAUUCAAAGAACGAUAAGAAAUAUAUCUCUAAUAGCAAGGGUGUGCUCAAAAGUGAAAUUGAUGAAUUGGAAAAUAGAGACGUUGUUUUGCUAUAUGAAACUGAUGAGGAGUCAGAUUUUCUUACUCUCCUGCAGAGAAGAUCACAACAAUGGGCUGCUUUCAAAAUGGAUCAGUCAUGGGGCCUUAUCAAGGAUAUAAAGAGGAGUAAGAGACACAUGAUGAAGCUUCGGGUCGUCUCCAGUUUCGAGAGAAGUUUCAAUGCCACAUACCGAAACUACUUGGAAAUAGUGUUCCAUGACAAGGAGGUUUGA